AAGUAGAGAAUGGAUGGAAACAUUUUAAGUUUUUCAUUAUGGAAAAAGAGGAGGGAUUUUUCGUAGGAAUCUCUCGCACGAAGAGUUGGAGAGCUCCACCAAAAAAAACUUUUAAUUGCCUUUCCUGUGAUUUUGGAUCCGAAACAAAUAAGGUUUCAAGAAUUGAAUUUCCAACAACUACAAGUGAUAAUACUAAAAAACUUUUGAAUCCUUGGCUUGAUGCAAAAGCAAGAUCAAUGUUUAUAAUAACUCCUGUUCGGCAUGUUGAGAGACUUUCUGAGUGUAAUGAUGAAGAAUUAUUUUCAAUAUUUCACCUUGCAACGCAAAUACUUGACGAGGAAACGAAAGUUUCUAAAGCGCCAUGGGGUGGUAUGAGAUUUAUUCGAAUGACAUUAAAUCAUGGCAAUUCGAGGAACCUCGAACAUUUACAUCUUAAAAUUUCUGUAAAAAGUCAGGAUUUUAAACAUUUCGAAGACCAUGGAUGGGAUAAUAUAAAGAAACAAAAGUAUAAAAUUUUGGAAAAUGGUUUAUAUAAAAAGGAUAAAAGAGUGCAGAAA